GUGUUUGGACUGGGCUGGCACUCAAAAAUCGCCCGCUCCGAUUACACCGUUCUCAGGACUGACCGGCAGGACACGGACUGCGGCAGCCCUUUCUCCGACGCCAGGAGCUGCUACGCGUCACCCUCGGGGGCGGAGGGCGAGGAGAGAGCCAGCGGCAAAGGCAUCCCGAGCGAGGAGAUCCACACCGCACAACCCCCCUCCUCCGUCCAACCUCCCCGCGGCUGACUCAUACGCAGGACGGACGGAGCCCGCAGGCUCAGCGGAGAAAGCCCCGGCGGUCCCUCUUGGCGGGGAACCCCUGUCGGCCUCGAGUUUGUAAUCAGAUGUCUGCUUCAGAAGAAUCUGUCUCCACGCUCUUAUAGGCUAGAGCCAUCACUCUGCUUCGAUCUGCAGUCUUAUCGAUCUUGACACUGGCUUUCUCAGCACUAAACAUGUUUCUUGGAAUGCCAACAUGUGCCAAUGUAGAUGAAGCCAAGCAGGCCUCCCAGGGUAGGGCAUUCCACAGCCUGGGCGCUACUGCUGAAAAGGCUGUGCUUUGGAUGGCAGUGGGACACAAGAACAAAGCCUCUGUUUAAUGACCUCGAGUGGCAGUGUUUGGAUUUGGGAGAUGUGUUUGAGAUGUGGUGGUUUCAGCAAGGUCUGAGUUUUUUGCCUUCAGCCCUCGUCAUUUGGUCAUCUGCUUCCCUUGUGUUUUCAUACAUAACUGCAGUCCUCUUACAUCAUGUCGACCCUUUGGUGCCCUACAUCAGUGAUGCAGGGACAACACCCCCUGAAAGAUGCUUGUUUGGGAUUAUGGUAAAUAUUUCUGCUCUUCUGGGCAUUGCUACUAUGUAUGUCCGAUAUAAACAAGUCAGUGCUUUGAAUCCUGAAGAACCCAAGAUCCUCAGGUUAAACAAGGCUGGCUUUUUGUUGGGAAUGGUCAGUUGCUUUGGGCUUUGCAUCAUUGCAAACUUCCAGAAAAGCACUUUAAUUUCCAUGCAUAUAAUUGGAGCUUGCCUCACAUUUGGAAUAGGAGCUUUUUACAUUCUGGUUCAGACCAUCCUUUCCUAUCAGAUGCAGCCGGCAAUUCACGGGAAGGGCAUUUUUUGGAUUAGGUUGACAGUUCUGCUGUGGUGUGCAUCAAGCAUAGUGAGUAUGUUUAUUUCUUCAGUCAUUUUAUACAGCGGCCUGUAUGGAACAGGAUUAGUACAGAAGCUGCAUUGGAACCCUCAGACAAAAGGUUACACUGCUCACAUAAUAAGCACAAUAUCUGAGUGGUCUCUGGCUUUUUCAUUCCUCACUUUUUUCCUUACUUAUAUCCGUGACUUUCAGAAAAUCUCUUUGCGUACAGAAGCACUUUUGGAUGGACACCAUCUUUAUUAUACACACCAGCAAUUUUUAGCAGAUGAACAAAGAAUUCCAGUCAUCUCAAGAAAUAUCUGAGAAGAAAAUAAGCCAAGAGCACACAUCUCCACUUCUGAUAACUUAGGGAUUUUUUUUACAUCUGUCUUAACACACAAGAGUUAUGCAGCUACAAAGUCCCAAACAGUAGAUGCCUACAGGUCCUGUUGACAUCAAGCAGAUCUACAAGCCUAUAUUAAAAAACAAAAUGUUUGGGGCCUUCCAUUUAAGCUGUAAAAAAUUGUUAUGUAUUUUAUGAGCCAAUUCAUAUAUAAAUGAAGGAAUAUAAUUGAAAUGUUUCUGAUGUGAAAAGAGCUUUUGAUUUUGAGCUUUUUGAUUUUUUUUUUCAGAGAGCAAUGCAAUUCUCAAUAUGAAGUAAAGUGUCACUAGCAGCCUGUAACACUUUAUUUUACAAACUUUUAUAGUCCAGAUAAUAAAUUUAUAUCACAUUU